AUGGCAGAGCUUCACGAGAAUCUGGCAGGCCUGCGAGGCUUGUACCAGGAUCUCUCAGCCAUCUCCGACAGCUCAUUUCUGAAUGUUGACCGACUCAUCUUCGAAUUGAGAGAGCAUAUUGAGGACUUCCAAAAACUCCUAGACAAGCCCGCGAAGAGCAAUGCCAGUCGCCAAACAGUACUUUCUGGCAAGAUCACGGUUGCCGACGUCGAGUACUCCAUCAAUGAAGACUUCCAACAAGGCGCACUCCAGCUCGCCGAUGCCUUGAACAUCGACGAGCUGGAGGCGGCGGUCAUGUUUCUCGCCGCACAAGAAGACUCGCAAGUCCUGGACCGAUCUCCUCUGAUUACUGCGAUUAUGCGAUUCCACGAGCGCCGCCAUUUUCUCCUCGAAUGUUUACGCCUGAUCUGCCGCGAAUCUCUCGAAUCGGAAGAGCCAGGGAACAUUCAGCCUAUCAUGCAGGAGACUCUAGCGCUCAUUCUGAACACCAAGAAUCGACAAAUGCAGAACGCGUCCCUGUUCGCCAGAAAAGCGUUGGAGUCUAUGGGUGACGUCGAAAGGUGGUUGUCACUUCUCGGAGACCAGGUUCAAAAGGCCUCUAUCGUUGGGCAGGAGGAGGAUCGCGACGUCAUGGAAGCUAUUGAAUAUCAACGGCGCAGCCUGCAGCAGCAGCACGAGUCGCUCGGGGCCAUCCUACUCUAUCUUUUCAAGGGUACCUUCACUAGCGCUGAAGACUUUCGACUCCUUAUCACCCAUCUGAAGAAGCUAGACCGUCUGGAUGGGCUACUUAUUCACUACUUUCCGGUUGCAAUCGCCUCCUUUGUUCGCCACGGAUCUCCUGAGAGUUCCGGUACCCGCGUCGAGGCUCGGUCCUUGCACGAUGUGAUCACCAAAGCCACCGAUGGCCAAACCUGGAACCUCCCCAAUUUCCAUGCUGCUAUCACCGCAUUGUGGCUAGCCAUCUACAGUGGGUGGUACUUUGACGAUGGCCCAUCAGAUCCUGUCCCCAGUGUCGAUCUUGAGAAAGAAGCCGAAGAGCGCACGAAGAUGUUCAUGGCAUCUCUUGACGAUGGGGCACUCGACUUGAUGUUGGCAAUUUGCGCCAGUGUCAACAGCGAAGAAUGGGCCGACCCCGCUCGCAGCGAAUUAGUGGCAUUGCUUUUGAAAGAAAGUCUCAUCAGCCUACCCGACUCUAGCUCCUGCAGUGCUUACAUGAAAGAACUAUUGAUGGAAAGUUUCGAGGUGUUCGUGGAGUCAUGCAUUGCGAACAUGCCGGAUGCUGUUCGAAAACUCAAAUCAGAAGAAGACACUCAACGAUUGGAUCAAAUAACUGCGUUGAGGGAUGGUCUGACGUCGAGUACGAACCGCGGUCUGGUGGAGGCUCGAACUCACCUGGAGUCCCUCUUGAUGAUCAUUUCAUUUGCUUUUGAACACCGGCAAGAUGCUGCGCAGGAAUUUUGGGGUGAUGUUGAAGGAAACCUCUACGGUUUUCUUCAAUGGGCCUCUAAGCGUCAAACGGUGCCUCGAGUCAGCGCUUUUUGCGAGAUGCUCUGCUCUAUUUCGGAAGGCGAAGAAAACGCUGCUGCUGCACACAGGUUCUUGACAGAGGAGGAAAAAUUCCUAUCUUCCAAGUUGAAGCGGUCUACAAACAUGAACUGGACACAGAUGUUCGCCGAACUACACCUCUACGCUACUCGAGUCACGGAAAAAUCUACCCCCAGCGGCCAGACCUCGCAUACUACUCCGGGCCUCAUGCGUGCUCGAAAGCCGGGACCCGUGGACAUGAGCGAACCAGAGUCCCCUGUUAUGCUCACCUGUUACCUCCGCCUCAUGGGUCACUUAUGCAAACAGUCUUCAGCCAUCCGAGAAUGGAUGCUUCAAAAUCAAUCCUUCAAGGUUGCAGAGGAACUUUUGACUUUGUGCAAAGGACCUAUCCCAAGUCAUCUCAGAGCAACUAUUUUCACUACGCUCUCCGCAUUGAUGACUGACAGAAGUCCCGGUCAUGGCAAUGAAAUGUGGGAGUCGAUCAACACAUUUUUGGUCAGUGCACCGGCCGGGGAGGCAUCAACCCUGAUGAAAGCCCCUGUCCAUUCCAAUCAGAGCCUGUGGUACGAACAGCAAACGUUGCAGAAGAUUGGGGAGAGUUUUGAUCAAACCAAUGCAUUUGUGGUUCUCAUCAAUUCCUUAGUAACCCCCACCUCCGACUUUGGUGAAAAGCCUUUGUCUCUUGCAUUCCCAGAGUCGUUAGGAGCAGCAUAUCGCAUGCCUGGAAUCGAACCAUACGUGGACUUUAUCCUGGGUCAUGCUCUUUCUCGGAGAAUUCAAGAUCUCAGUGGCUAUCAAUCUCGCCUGCUGACCUUCAAUUGUUUGGAAUUUGUUGUGACAACCUUGCGAACCUUCAAUGAGGAUCUCGUUACUGUUCUUAGCCAGCCGUCUCUUGCCGAAUCUGCUGCAAAGAGUUCCAACCUCGAGGCCUACGUUCGCCUUCAUGCGUUUUCCCGUGUGAUGGAAUGGCUUUUCAACGAAGAUGUACUGAAAGCGCUGUUCGCAAUCAGCCAACUGGAUAUAUCAGAAGUGGCUGAGGCUUCAUCUGAUUCAGUUUUGGCCCUGACACUGCUACGCAGCGUCGAGGUAAUGAACUUGAUUAUGGAUCUUCAGUCAACUUACUUCAACAUCGUCAAGCCAAUGGUCAGGUCCAAGUCUGUGGGACAUCGCUCUACCGUUGCAAACUCGUCGCUCGCUUCAUUUGAAGAUAGCGUUCUCAACAAUUUGUCCUUGAUACCUGCGCUUUGUCUGUAUUGUGGCACGGGGCACGAGCAACUUACCGUCACAUCUAUGGCUCUGCUAGAAAAGCUCACGAGUUCACGCAAACUCAACAAGAUGUCCUCGCCUGAGAUCACAAAGUGGCAGUCCUCAAACAAGAUUGUGGAGGUCCUUGCUAGUGAGGUGGAUGUUGACAGUGUAGCGCGCUCACUAGUCUCCAUGAUGGACCCGGACCUUAGGGAGUUAGAGUGUGGGCCUCAGGCAGCUGGCUAUGUUAUUCGGGAAAGCCUUCUUGCCCUCUUGAACAGCUGCUUGGGUAUGAUCACAGAUCGCCCCACUGUAGCUCAUCUUCUGCUCGGCUUCAGUUGCCUGGGAAAUAUUCUUGAUAUACCUUCGGAUGGCUUGUUCGCCAAUGGGAUGUCAUUGCUCCAUGCCAUCAUUGGCUUCCUGCAGGCUUACCCUGAUGAGUUGGAUGGGACCAUCACAUCAUACACGGUGCACCUUAAGCGCAUGGCCUUCGAAGUCCUGAAGCAUCUAUGGUCCUCGAAGCUCGCAACUUACUUCACUCUUACUGAGAUGCGUGCGUAUGGGUUCUUGAUGAACAUGUUCGCGGGACAGCCCAUCGUCGGACCCAAUACUCUCUGGAAUGGUCAUCCUAUUUUCACGGACGAAUUCUGGGUCACUGAUGCUACUUCGGCUUUGGCAGAAUUCCUACUCUACCGAAGCCAUCUGUUUGCAUAUGCUGCCACGGAGAUACGCUCUGCAGCAAAGGUCGGAUCACCGACCCUCCAGGCCGGGAUUCUUUCCACUCUUCUUGGAAGCUCGACCCUGGAUAACGGUGAAUCUGUCGCCAAUGCGUCAGUAUUUGAUCUCUUUGACUUCGCCGACCUCGAUGUCUCGCGCAAUUUCCAUGUGCCUCAAUUGGUGUUCUUGAGCAACAUUGCCGUUGACGACUGCGCCAGCCAAGAACGGGACAAUUUGAUUCUUUACGACAUUGCCAAGGUUGAGGAGUUGAUCCACAUUCGAAAAUCGGAGUUACUUGCUGCUGGCCCAGCACGGCCUCACAGUGAAGAACAAUUCGAGGCUGAAGCGGAAAGCUUGAAGAUUUUUAUUCUCGCAACCAAUCAGAGCCGGCAAAUUGGUUACAAUCGGUAUCUCGCACUCCGAUCAUGGGCAGAGCUCGUCACUACCAUCACUACUUGCUCCGUCUUAGACGACGCCACCAGGCCGACGUUCAUCCUACAUGCCAUUCAGAUGAUUCUGCCCAAGCUCGAAGUCUCAAUUGAAAGCGAAUCCCGAGAAGCCAUCGAACUCGCGCGAUUGGCAGAGACAUUAAUUGGCAAGCUUGCAUCCGAUCUUCCUGAAGCCCCCGCCUCUCGGAGUGGAGACGUCAUUGAUGAGAAGCUUCAUCAGCUCUUCCAAGUGUCCGUCCGUGGUAUCAUGCUGGCUUCGGGGAAUGUAUCUUUGAGAGAAGUUCUCUACAGCAUCUGCUCCCACUACAUCACUCGCAUCACGUCCUCUGAUGUUACACACGAGAGUCUCCGCCGUCACAGCCAACAAAUCGUCAAGACUGCAGGCCCUGGUCUUGUGGAGGCCGUCUGCGACGAUGCUUAUACCGGGCAGGAGGCUUGUCGUGCUUCGGCUCUACUAUUUUUGAACUGCCUGGCAGCUCUGGAUAGCCGAACAGAUUGCGUUCUUGCUGAGCUGAUAUCUCAGUCGAACUAUCUUAGUCUCUUCCUCGAUGCCAUCAGGUCACUGCCCGUUGAGCUUCGGAAUGCGCAGGCAGCCGAUACUUCUUCCCUUUUGGCAUACUAUGAAUCUUUGCUAGCACUGCUCCAGCAACUGUCUCAGACCAAGAGCGGAGCCACUUACGUUCUCAAGUCCGGUCUCUUCGACUCCGUUCGCGAGUCGCAACUCUUUGCUGCGGAUCCCGACAUUGGCAUUGACAUUGACAAUCCGGAUGCUCUCCGGAAGUACUAUGACUUGCUUCUAUCCGUCAUCCGUGUCAUCGUUUGUGCCGUUUUCUCCAGGGGGGCCCACAAUGAGCAGAUCAAGGCACAGACUCUAGCCUUCAUCACCGAGAAUCGGCCCUGUAUGGUCGGUGUCUUCAAGCGAUUUGCCAAGAUUGGUGGCAGCACCAGUGCCACCCAUCACGAAGCUCUCUGCGAACUCGUCAAGUCAUUUAUGGCCCUCGUGACCGCUACUGAUUUCCUCGAGUUCGAGGACCAAGAAAUUAAGCAGAGCACUCGGCCCGCUCUGUUUUCAUGA